AUGGCAUCCGCAACCACCUUCUACGACUUCUCUCCUCCCGACAAAAAGGGAAACCCAUACCCGCUCGACUCGUACCGCGGCAAAGUCGUGCUCGUCGUCAACACCGCGUCCAAGUGCGGCUUCACCCCGCAGUUUGCCGGGCUGGAAAAGCUGUACAAGACCAUCGAAGAAAAGCACCCCGGCGCAUUCACCAUUCUCGGCUUUCCCUGCAAUCAAUUCGGCAAUCAGGAUCCCGGAAGCAACGAUGAAAUCCAGAGCUUUUGCCAGGUGAACUACGGCGUCACUUUCCCUAUGCUCGGAAAGAUCGAUGUCAAUGGGAGCAAGGCCGACCCUUUGUUUGAAUGGAUCAAGGGUGAGAAGCCUGGUCUGUUUGGCGUGAAAAGGGUGUUGUGGAACUUUGAGAAGGCUUUGAUUAAUAGUAAGGGAGAAGUGGUCGGGAGAUGGAGGAGUUUAACCAAGCCGGAGAGUUUGGAGUCGACGAUUGUGCAGGAGAUUGAGAACGCUAAGAAGGAGGCUCCUGCCCCUGCUGCUACUGAAACGACAAGUGCUGUCCCUGCAAAGGCCGAGGACGAGCCCAAGUCAACUUAG